GAACAUCAAAAUAUCUUAUCGGGUCAUUCAGUUCUAUUAGAGAGUUAAACGUAUCAAGGGAAUUAUGAAUCAAUUAUUAUUUAUUUUGCUUUUCAUACAAUUUGCAAUAUUUGGAACGUUUUGUGAGGAGAAUUUUAUUACAAAAUGUGAAAUUGAAAACGGCUUGAAUGGUAUUUGCGUAAAAUUGGAAGAUUGCGCAUUCGAUGGCGCAAUAAUAAGAAGAGAUUCAUCUUCUACUUGUGAUUCCGGUUUUGUGUGUUGUGAUAAGAAUCCGCAUACAUCAAAUCAGUUUACAACCAAAAUUUUAGAUUCCACUGAAUGUUUUUCUGGUGGUUAUGAUGGACAAAUAUUUUCUACAGCAUCUAAAGAUAAUCUUAAAUAUGAAAUAACUGAGCUGAAUGCAAAUAAACCAGAAAACAAAGUGACAAAUUUUCUGGUAAAAAUUGGAUAUCGAGAGUUUAAUGGAGAUAUGCGUUACUUCUGUGGAGGGAUUUUAAUUACACCCACUUAUGUUCUCACCUCAGCGCACUGCACUAACUUCAAAGGUACCAAUGCCGAAGUUGUGGAAUUGGGUAAUCUCAGUAUAAAUAAGGAAAAAAUCCCGAUAAUAAAAAUUUACACACAUCCAAACUAUAGCGAUUCAGAUAUGUACCAUGAUAUUGCAGUGAUGGAAUUAGCUAUCGAAACCAAUUUCUUGCCAGCUUGCUUUUGGAAAUGGAAUGAGGAAAACAUUUUUAAUUCUACAAAAAUGUUUGCCUUUGGUCAUAAUUUUAUCAACACAGAUGAGAUGAUCGUCAUGUCAGUUGAUAUAAUGCCUACAAAAUAUUGCAAUGAUUUUUAUUUACACGCGCGCAAAUUAAGUCAUGGAAUGAGUCCGACCCAAUAUUGUGUCGGCAAUACAAAUCUUACGGACUCUCAAAUGUGCAAAGGUCUGAUUGGUGGACCUUUGAUGGCUAGAAAUGCUCAAAAUGAAUUCUACCUAAUCGGACUCGCUACAUAUGUACAGCAAUGCUAUUCAAAAGUUUAUCCCAUUAUCUAUCUAAAAUUAAUACCUUAUAUGAAGUGGCUACGUAGCAUUAUAGUUUAACAUGGUUUUCACAUCACCUCUAAUAGAUUAGU